GCCGUGAUUUCGGGCUGAAGGCGUGAAAUGACUCCUGUCGUCCUGGAGGAACCUGCAGAGGAACCGGCGGUCCGGGUCGAACCGGCGGUCCGGGUCGAACCGGCGGUCUGGGUCGCGCUCAGGCGCCUGGACCAACCGGAUGGAGUCCAGGUUCUCCGCAAAAUCUCCUUUCCUUCUGCAGCGCCGGUCAGCGAAAUCACCCAGAUCCUGGUCCGGGCCUUUGGGCUGAACCUUCCCAACGUGGCGCUGAAGAUGAGGAAUCCGGGCGGCUGCCUGAUCCCCCUCAACGCCUCCAUUCCUGCUGGCAGCAAACACACGCCCCAUGUGCUUGAAGUGACGCGGCUCUUCCAGAACGUUCGUCCCAAACCCAGAACCAUUCCAGUGACUGUGAUCAGCCGGAGCAUGAAAACCAGGCUGCAGGCCGUGGACAGGAGGAUCCAGAGACUGGAUGAGCUGCUGCCUCAGAUCGAACUGCGCCGCCAUGACAAGCUGAACCAGGAGAUCGAACGGCUCAACCAGAAGCUGAACUUCCUUCACAGGAAACUGAAGGAGGCCGAAUCCACCGAUGGAGAGGAACCUUGACCAGAGCGCCUCUGUGGUGACCCCCGGGUCAGAGUGGGAUUAUAAUCUGAUUACAGUUUAUCAAUCACUAUAAUUUGAAUAAUGUUUAUGAAUCAUAAGCA